UAAGAAACAUAUUAAAGCGCCUUCGUGCUUGACAUGCCCAGUUCAGAGUGCGUCCAAGCGAGCUAUACCUCAGCAGUGGGUCCCACAUUUUGGGAUUUUUUUUUAGUGUUCUGUUUCUACAAUUGGUUCCAACUGACAUCUGAAACAACGCCAUGAACUGGAUCUUCUUGGAGGGUCUCCUCAGUGGGACUAACAAGUACGCCACAAGGUUUGGUCGAAUCUGGCUUGCCAUUGUCUUCAUCUUCAGGCUCUUGGUCUUCUUGGUGGCUUGUGAAAAGGUCUGGGGCGACGAACAAAAGGACUUUGAUUGCAACACCCGCCAGCCUGGUUGUCAAAAUGUCUGCUAUGACCACUACUUCCCCAUCUCUUACACCCGACUCUGGGCUCUCCAGCUGAUCUUUGUGACUUGUCCAUCCCUUCUUGUGACGCUCCACGUUUCCUACAGAAAAGACCGGGAGCGUAAGCACCGGCUAAAGUACGGAGAAGACUGCACACCUCUGUAUGAUAACACAGGAAAGAAACGAGGGGGUCUCUGGUGGACCUACUUUUUCAGCCUGCUGUUCAAGAUAACUGUGGAUGGCGUGUUUGUCUUCCUGCUGUUUUACCUCUACGAAGCUGCCUUCUUUCCUCCACUGGUGAAAUGCAGAGAAGAGCCAUGUCCCAAUGUGGUGGACUGCUACAUUGCGAGGCCAACGGAAAAGAAGAUAUUUACUGUCUUUAUGGUGGUGACCAGCUUUGUGUGCAUUUUCCUCACUCUUUGUGAGGUGUUAUAUCUGUGUGGGAAGAGGUUCCGGGAAUGCUGCAAAAAAGGACCUCGCUCCAUGAGAGACAACUCCUUCAUGAUGACCAGAGUUCCUCUGAGUGGUAAUGAAAACUCAGCCUACAAAGAACCGGUUCUGGAGAAGAGUGUGACCAAUGGAGAACCAGGCCAGAAGGGUUCAGCCCCGCCCUACACCAUAGCCUGAGCUCAUUAUGUCCUGAGAGACAUAAUGAAUUUUUAAAUAUCAGAAUCAGAAUCGUCUGCAAAUGCUUACAAAGAGAUGAUGUUGUUUAUUUUGAAACCAAUUUUACAUUUAAACUAUUUUAUGUUUUUGUUCCCUAACAUUGAUGUGUUGAGCAUGUAUGUACUGCUAUUUCAAUAAACGUUUAA